GGCUCCGAGGCGGGGGCGCGGCGGCCGAGGCUCUCACUUCCAACAUGGCGCACGCAGGAGGUGGAAGCGGCUCCGCGGGCCGGGGACCGGGCGGCGCUCGCUGGGGUCGUCCGGGCCCCGGAGGCCACGAGAAGUUGCCGGUGCACGUGGAGGACGCGCUCACCUACCUGGACCAGGUGAAGAUCCGUUUCGGCAGCGACCCCGCCACCUACAACGGCUUCCUGGAGAUCAUGAAGGAGUUCAAGAGCCAGAGCAUUGAUACUCCUGGGGUCAUCCGACGUGUGUCUCAGCUCUUCCACGAGCAUCCUGACCUCAUCGUGGGAUUCAAUGCUUUCCUGCCUCUUGGGUACCGGAUAGACAUUCCCAAGAACGGCAAGGUGGACACUCAGUCCCCUGGGGGCCAGGAGAAUGCUCAUGGCGAAGGUGCGGCCGACUUCAAGCCGCAGGCCGCAGCGGCAGCAGCCUGCAAGGAGGAGCGGGGCCCGGGGCCCUUGGAGGCGGACUCGGUGGAGUUCAACAAUGCCAUCAGCUACGUGAACAAGAUUAAGACUCGCUUCCUGGACCACCCGGAGAUCUACCGCUCCUUCCUGGAGAUCCUGCACACCUACCAGAAGGAGCAGCUGCACUCCAAGGGCCGUCCGUUCCGCGGCAUGUCGGAGGAGGAGGUGUUCACCGAGGUGGCCAACCUCUUCCGUGGCCAGGAGGACCUGCUCUCCGAGUUUGGCCAGUUCCUGCCCGAGGCCAAGCGCUCCCUGUUCACAGGCAGCGGGGCGUGUGAGAUGAACAGUAUCCCGAAGAGUGAGCAGGAGAAGAGCCUGGAGCACAGCAAAAAGCGCUCUCGGCCCUCGCUCCUCCGUCCGGUGUCCGCGCCGGCCAAGAAGAAGAUGAAGCUCCGUGGAACCAAAGACCUGUCCCUCGCCGCCGUGGGCAAGUACGGCACGCUGCAGGAGUUCUCCUUCUUUGACAAGGUGCGCAGGGUUUUGAAGAGCCAGGAGGUGUACGAGAACUUUCUGCGCUGCAUUGCCCUCUUCAACCAGGAGCUGGUGUCGGGCUCUGAGCUCCUGCAACUCGUUAGCCCGUUUCUAGGGAAAUUUCCAGAACUCUUUGCACAGUUCAAGUCCUUCCUGGGGGUGAAAGAGCUGUCGUUUGCACCACCCAUGAGUGAGCGGUCUGGGGAUGGAAUCAGCCGAGAAAUCGACUACGCGUCCUGCAAGCGCAUUGGGUCCAGCUAUCGGGCGCUCCCCAAAACCUACCAGCAGCCAAGGUGCAGCGGGAGGACGGCCAUCUGCAAGGAGGUGCUGAACGACACCUGGGUGUCCUUCCCCUCCUGGUCUGAAGACUCGACCUUCGUUAGCUCUAAGAAGACGCCCUACGAGGAGCAGCUGCAUCGCUGUGAGGAUGAGCGCUUCGAGUUAGACGUGGUCCUGGAGACCAACCUGGCCACGAUCCGGGUGCUGGAGAGCGUGCAGAAGAAGCUGUCACGGAUGGCGCCUGAGGACCAGGAGAAGUUCCGGCUGGACGACGCACUGGGUGGCACAUCCGAGGUGAUCCAGCGGCGCGCCAUCCACCGCAUCUAUGGGGACAAGGCCCCCGAGAUCAUCGAGAGCCUCAAGAAGAACCCAGUCACAGCCGUCCCCGUUGUCCUGAAGAGGCUGAAGGCCAAGGAGGAGGAGUGGCGGGAGGCCCAGCAGGGCUUCAACAAGAUCUGGAGGGAGCAGUACGAGAAGGCGUACCUCAAGUCCCUGGACCACCAGGCUGUGAACUUCAAGCAGAACGACACCAAGGCCCUGCGCUCCAAGAGCCUGCUCAACGAGAUCGAGAGCGUCUACGAUGAGCACCAGGAGCAGCACUCGGAGGGGCGCAGUGCACCGGCCAGCGAGCCGCACCUCAUCUUCGUGUAUGAGGACCGGCAGGUGCUGGAGGACGCCGCGGCGCUGGUGGGCUACUACGUGAAGCGGCAGCCGGCCAUCCAGAAGGAGGACCAGGCCACCAUGCAGCAGCUGCUGCUCCGCUUCCUGCCCGGCCUCUUCUUCUCCCAGCACCCAGGGCCGGGGCCUGAGGAGCCGGGGCCCGAGCGCGAGGGGCCGGCGGGGCCCAGCGUAGAGCCGGCCGAGCUUGGGAAGCCCGUGGGGCCCGGGCCCGAGGAGGCGGCCCGGGAUGACGUGUACAGCCUGUUCUUUGCCAAUAACAACUGGUACUUCUUCCUGCGCCUGCACCACACGCUGUGCGCGCGGCUGCUCAAGAUCUACCGGCAGGCGCAGAAGCAGCUGCUGGAGUACAGGGCGGAGAAGGAGCGGGAGCAGCUGCUGUGCGCUGGCCGCAGGGAGAAGGGUGGCGACCCCGCCAUGGAGCUGCGUCUCAAGCAGCCCAGUGAGGUGGAGCUGGAGGAGUACUACCCCGCCUUCCUGGACAUGGUGCGGAGCCUGCUGGAGGGGAGCAUCGACCCCGCGCAGUAUGAGGACGCCUUGCGGGAGAUGUUCACCAUUCACGCCUACAUCGGCUUCACCAUGGACAAGCUGGUGCAGAACAUCGCCCGCCAGCUGCACCACCUGGUGAGCGACGACCUGUGCCUGAAGGUGGUGGAGCUCUACCUGAACGAGAAGAAGCGGGGCGCCGCUGGGGGCAACCUGUCCUCCCGCUGCGUGCGUGCGGCCCGGGAGACCAGCUACCAAUGGAAGGCCGAGCGCUGCAUGGCGGAUGAGAACUGCUUCAAGGUGAUGUUCCUGCAGCGCAAAGGACAGGUGAUCAUGACCAUCGAGCUCCUGGACACGGAGGAGGCCCAGACGGAGGACCCCGUGGAGGUGCAGCACCUGGCGCGCUACGUGGAGCAGUAUGUGGGUCCCGACGGCGCGGCCGGCCCGCCCGCCGCCGGCUUCCUGCUGAAGCCCGUGUUCCUGCAGAGGAACCUGAAGAAGUUCCGGCGCUGGCAGUGCGAGCAGGUGCGGGCGCUGCGCGGCGAGGCCAAGAGCUCCUGGAAGCGGCUGCUGGGCGUGGAGAGCGCGUGCGACGUGGCCUGCCGCUUCCGCCUGGGCUCGCACAAGAUGGUCUUCGUGGUCAACUCCGAGGACUACAUGUACCGCCGCGGCACGCUGGGCCGCGCGCGCCAGGUGCAGCCCCUGGUGCUGCGGCGGCACCACCGGCACUUCGCGCGCUGGCACGGGCGCUGGCUGGAGCAGCACGUGACGGCCGAGGCGGCCGGCCUGGUGCAGGACUGGCUCAUGGGCGAGGAGGACGAGGACAUGGUGCCCUGCAAGACGCUGUGCGAGACGGCGCUGGUGCACGGGCUGCCGGUGACCCGGUACCGCGUGCAGUACAGCCGCCGCCCGGCCUCGCCCUGAGCCCUCCCAGGCGUGAGGCGGGGCCCAGGGCCUUCCAGAAACAUCCUCCAACGCACAUAUUUAUUCCUUUACGCCCCCUAGCGCCCAGACGUGGGCCACGCCCCGCGGCUUCUGGGGUGAGACCCCGCGUGGACCUCGCCCCCGCCCUCCGCCUUGGGGGCCGCCACCGAGCCCCCCGCAUGCGCGCGCAGCCGUU